AUGUCUAUAAGCUUCCAGCUACGGAGCAAACACGUUUUAGAUACUGCGGCGCUGGUUUGGGAGCGAGGUUACGGGAUCAGAGAAGGGGCGGGAGGGCGGGCGCUGGCCCACCGCACAGAUUUGGGUCUACGGCUCGGUGACGCCGCCCGGGCUGCCCCGCGCUGGGGCCCGGACGGGGACCGCGGGCCCGGGUGUCCGCUCCGCCAGAGUCGGAUGGCGGCCGUCGUGCCCAGGCACCCGGCUCAGGACAGUGUGACAUUUGAAGAUGUGGCUGUGUACUUCUCCUGGGAGGAAUGGAGUCUCCUUGAUGAGGCUCAGAGGCACCUAUACCAUGAUGUGAUGCUGGAGAACUUUGCACUUGUAACCGCCGUGGGUUGCUGGCAUGGAGCAGAGGAUGGGAAGUCACCUUCCAAGCAGGCUGUUUCUGUAGGAGUGUCACAGGUCAGGACUCACCAUGCAGGCCCAUAUCCCCAGAAGGCAUACCCCUGUGGGAUAUGUUGUCUGGUCUUAAAAGACAUUUUGGGUGUGGCUCUGCAUCAGGGAACACAUCUCCAGUUGAGAUCUUACACACAUAGGAAACAAGUCAGUUUCACUGCAAACCUUCACCAGCAUGGGAAGCAGUACAGUGGAGAGAAACUGUUGAAAUGGGCUUCAUUUGUGAAGAGCUGCAGGUCCCAUGUGUCAGGGAAGUCCUUUACCUGUGGGGAGGUUGAUGAGGACUUCCUCUCCAGUUCAGGCAAGCGCCAACACCAGGCCACUCAUAAUGGGCAGAAACCACACAGUUGCACCGUGUGUGGGGAAGCUGUUCACAGUGGGAAGAGCCGUUACAGUUGGUGUGAAUGCAAGAAAACCCUCAGCCACAAAAACACUCUUGCUCAACGCCUGAGUGUCCACACUGCUGAAAGGCCUUAUGAGUGCAGCGAUUGUGGGAAAUCCUUCACCCGAAGGUUUAACCUCUUUCAGCAUCAGAAAGUCCACACUGGAGAGAGGCCCUAUAAAUGCAUUGAAUGUGGGAAAUUCUUCACCCACAUCUCCAGUUUCAUUCAACACCAGAGAAUUCACACUGGGGCAAAGCCUUAUAAGUGCAGCAGAUGUGGGAAAUUCUUUGGCCAGAACUCCAGCCUCAUUGUACACAAGAGAGUUCACACUGGAGAAAAGCCUUAUGAGUGCAGUGAAUGUGGGAAAUCCUUUAGUCAAAGCUCCAGUCUCAUUAAACAUCAGAGAGUUCACACUGGAGUGAGGCCUUAUGAGUGCAGUGAAUGUGGAAAAUGUUUUGGUGACACCUCCACCCUCAUUAAACACCGUAGAGUUCACACUGGAGAAAAACCUUAUGAGUGCAGGGAGUGUGGGAAAUUUUUUAGCCAAAGUUCUGGCCGCACUCAGCACCAGAGAGUUCAUACUGGAGAAAGACCUUAUGAGUGUAGGAUAUGUGGAAAAUCCUUUACCCGCAACUCUGACCUUAUUCAACACAAAAGGGUCCACACUGGAGAGAGCCGUCAUGAGUGCAGGGAAUGUGGGAAAAUCUUCAGUGACACCCAGUUUGCUCAACACCAAAAAGUUCACUUCAGAAAAAGGCCUCACGAGUGCAACAAAUGUGCAAAAUCUUUCAGCCGUAGGUCUAACCUCAUUAGACACCAGAAAGUCCACCACCACAUGGAAAGGCCCUAUAUCUGCAGCAAGUGUGGGAAAGCCUUCAGUCAGUGGUCUGCUCUAACUCAGCACCAGAAAGUUCACAAUGUAGGUCAGCUUUAUGAGUGCAGUGAAUGUGGGAAAGCCUUUAGCCGAAGGUGUAACCUCAUCCGACAUGAAAAAGUCCACACUGGAGAGAGACCCCAUGAGUGCAGUGAAUGUGGGAAAGCCUUCAGCCGAAAGUCACACCUCAUUGGGCACCAGAAAGUUCACACAGCAAAGCCAUAGCCAUGCAAGGAGCAGACUUUCAGUGUGUUUGAUACAAUGACAUUGGAAGAGAGCCUUUGGAAGGCAGACAUCUUCCUGAAGUUGGACUCAUACAUCUGAAUAUACACUAUAGGGAAGAUUCUGUGUAAUUUCCAGGUACGUGGGAAGCUUCUAGGAACCAUACUGUGCUUCCUAACCAGCUUGGGGUCCUUGCUGAAAUUGUGUGACUGCCAGUUUUUGUGGUAUAAGUCAGCUCUACUGCCUGAAAGGCCUCCAUGGUAUACAUCAGUUACCCUAAUGUUUAGGGAAGUAGAUCUCUAUGUUCUGUCUGGAGAAAAUAAUGAGCAGCCUGAGCCUUUAGAGUGACAUCAUGCCCUUCUCUCUAAUUAAUGUGUAUACCUGACCAGUUUUCUCCCAGAAGACCUUGUCUGGGUUCUACUGGUGGCUUGCAGAGACACUUUUGUCUUCAGGGAUAUUGUUUUCAUAUGAUACUUGUGAUGGAUUUUUCCAUUCUCCAUGUCACCAACCCAUAAACUGCCUGCCUCACCUUGCUAUUAUUUGUGCAGUAAUAAAGGCCUCAUUGUUUAAGCCACCUUUAAUCACUAAAUGUUGCUUUGAAAACAUCAUGAAGGGGUAAACAGCUUGUGUGAGAGUACCCAACUUUGGUGUGCCUCAGAAGACAAAGUGUGAUGGCAGAGAAUAACUCUUCAAUUUUGGCCUAGUUCACGUUGUUGCCCAAGGCCUCCAAGGAAAGACUGCAGGCUUUGUACAACUAAUAUGCAGCCUGGAAACCAAGAUUUUUUUGUGAGCCCAGAGGUCACAUUGAAGAGCAGGCACUUGUAACAAUCCCCAGUGUUUCUGGGAUUGGUUCCUUUAUUUAUAGUGCAUAUCAUGUAAUGACCACAUGGUUAAGGGGAAUAUCUUCCCCAGUUCCUUCAGAAGAGCCACGUGCCCUGAUGCCCAGAAUUUAGUAGGGUAGUAUCACUGGUUUUAACACUAAAGGGUUUAGGGGGAACCAUAAUUGAUGAGAAAACAUUGGAUUGAUAGGAAGUGCUGGAGCCUGCAGUAAACUAGAUGGAACAUCCCUCUUCUAAAAGUGCACCCACAACUAUUCCAGUGACUGUGGCUGUGUUGGGUGAGCGUGUACCUCCCGGCCGCUGUAUCUUGAAGAGCUGAGGUCAUUGGCAGAGAAAUUAAGGUUUUGUGGAUUCCUAUAGCUUUCUGGGCUGUUGACCUUAAGACUGUUAUUACACAUGCAGGAAAACAAGGAUAGAGAAAAGGGAGAUCUCUUAGACCAGUGAUAUGGCCUUUGUGACUAAGGUGGAAACAUCCUCCAUUGUUCAUCAAUAUUUGCUAUCACUUAGGUAAGACAUCCCUCCCA